AGAACGCGACCGCGAUGAGACGGAGCCUUCAGCGGACCUGCGCGCUGGCCCUGCUGCUGCUGCUGCCCCUGGUGUGGGCGGCGGCGGACCAGCAGACGGAAGGGGCGGGGCCGGGGGCGGUGGUGGAGGCCGAAGUGGAGGCGGAGGAGCUGCCGGACAGCCAGGUGGAGCUUCUGGACGGCGGAAUCCUGCAUCCGCCCCCGCCUCCACCCCCACCGGCGCCACAGGGCGCGCCGCCUCAGGGACCGCCGCCGCCCACUCCGCCCCCACAAGUUUCGCCCUCUGCCACUGUUACCGAAAACAAGCAGCCGUCGCCCCCAGAGGAGACGCCGGAAGACGUCGAGCUGAUCCGGCCCGUUGCGCCGCUGGCUCCGGCGCCCGGCUCACGCGGGAAGGGCAGGAAAAUGCCGUCGGCCACUGCGUCGGGGAAGUACGCCUACGACACCAACUUCAUGUGCGACAAGAACCGCGUGGCGCCGCCCAACCAGGCGACCACGUCGGGCACCCCGUACCUGCUGACGGAGAACCGGCUGCGCCAGAUCCGCUCGGAGUUCAUGUACUGCUACUUCGACCAGGGCGGCAACUCGGACGACAAGGGCGACUACCAGACGGACCUGCACUCCUCCAUGCCGCAGAUCCAUAAGAACCUCAACUUCCAGCUGCCAUUCUAUGGCUUCCGUUACAACUACACCAGGCUCUCGAUGCACGGCUACCUGGAGUUCAGCGACCCGCCGGAGCACUACACGUACCCGCUGUCGUUCCCCAACAAGGACUGGCCCAAGAAGAACGACCCGGCCUUCAUCGGCAUCUUCUUCAGCAAGAUGCGCAUCGGCAAGAUCCGCCAGGAGGAGGAGGACCAGCGCCAGCCGGGCGUCUACUUCCGGCUGGAGCGCGACCUGCAGGCGCGCACCGACCAGAUCGGCGUCGAGAUGCGCGAGCGCGUCAAGUGGGACGUGCGCGAGGGCGUCGUCGGCGCAGACACCUUCGAUCCCAAGCACCUCAUCAUCGUCACCUGGAAGAACAUGUCCUUCGCCGGCGGCAUCGACAACUCGCUCUACAAGACUAACACUUUCCAGAUGGUCCUUGCUACAGAUGAAGUUUUCACUUAUGCAAUAUUCAAUUAUCUGAACAUCCAGUGGACAUCUCAUACAGAAGCAGGAGGUGAUACUACAGGCGGAGAAGGUGGUGUUCCUGCUUAUGUUGGUUUCAAUGCUGGCAAUGGCACACAAAGUUAUGAGUAUCUCCCAUAUUCACAAAUGUCAACAGUUAGAGAUCUUCCAGGAAGAGGCUGGGGAAACGGAUUUCCAGGGAGGCACAUAUUUCGCAUUGAUGAGAAGAUAAUGCCUGGCACCUGCAACAAGGACAUAGCUGGCGCCAAUCUACCAUUGGUCUUUGCUCCUGAGAGUGGCAAUAUGCUGGGUGGCACAAUAGUAAAUAUCACUGGGCCAUGUUUCAAACCAACAGACAAGGUGACCUGCAGGUUUGAUUACAGAGAAGUCAGAGGCACUGUUGUUGACACAAAUAGAGCAGUGUGUGUCCAACCAUUUGUAAUGGGAGAAGGUUAUAUACCUUUUGAAAUUACAGUAAAUGAAGGGAGGUAUGACUGGAAAGGAAAAUUCUUUCUCGAAACUCCUGCAACUGCAGAAGAAAAAAUUACAUUUGACACAAAUGAUGUCCAUCUAAAGAGCCCAGCAGAGAUACUAAUUAAGUGGGACAGUGCAAACUUGACAAGUAAUUCAGCAGCACAACUGACAAUAUCUCUUUGGGGCUACCGAGAGUCCCGUAAGAUGCCUGAGUUAGUGUAUAUUGAUAUACUGGAGACUGGUACACCAAAUGCUGGAUCAUUCACUAUUGCACCAGCAAAUUUUCGCAACAGGAACAAUUACCUGGUGACAGAUGCACAUUUUGGCUUUAUACAGAUCAACCUAACCAAUCCUGAGAUAUAUGCUGGUUCAUCAAUCUCACCUGUCAUAUGGAGUCGUCCUAUUCCUCUUGGGUGGUACUUUGGUCCACAAUGGGAAAGACAGUAUGGUACAGACUGGCCUGCAAAUAUGUGUGAUGAUUGGUUAAUGAACGAUCGCUACUUGAAGAGCUUUGCAAAUGACAUCCCACAAUGUCCUUGUGAUCUGGAGCAUGCUCUUGUUGAUAAGGGCCGCUUCAUGCCAGACUACGACUGUGAUAAGGAUGCCAAUCAUAAGUGUUUCUACCAUGAGGGUGCAGUACACUGUCUUCGAUCAGGAAUUCCAAGUCUGGGAGGAUCAGAGCAACAAUGCUGCUAUGAUAAGAAGGGAUAUCUGAUGAUGACGUAUGACCAGCAGUGGGGCAGCCGUCCACAUCGAUCACAUAACUUCGGGCAGCUCCCAUGGAAUGAACCUAAUAAGGUCCCCACUCUCUCGCAGUGGUUUCAUGACAUGGUUCCAUAUUACUUCUGUUGCCACUGGCAGGAUAUUGAGGCUGUUGGUUGUGAAACAUAUCGAUAUGAAAGACGCCCAACACAGGAUUGUAUAGGCUACCAAGCACCUGCCAUAGGAACAGUUUUUGGCGACCCACAUUUUAUCACAUUUGAUAAUGUUGAGUAUACGUUCAAUGGAAAAGGAGAAUUUGUGCUGGUUCGAGUGGACACAGAAAAGCUGAGGUUAGAUGUCCAAGGCCGGUUUGAACAAAUGCCAAAGAAUGUUUAUGGAGAAGUAAUGGCAACGCAACUGACAGCUAUUGCUGCAAAAGAAAAUUCUUCAGCUACUAUUGAAGUCCGAUUAAGGCCAGAGUAUGCAAGAUGGAGGUACCACCUUGAUGUACUUGCUGACGGGAAGAAGAUAUAUUUUGACCGGAAUGCUCUAAGGGUUCAGCAUUUUACUGGUGUGACUGUGUACACUCCAACGUAUCUUAUUAACCAGUCAGAAGUUGUCAUUAUGUUCCAGUCAGGAACUGGUGUUGAAGUUGUUGAGAACAAAGGAUACCUGACAGCUAGAGUGUACUUACCCUGGACAUUAAUUAAUCAGACCCGUGGGCUUCUGGGAAAUUGGAGUUUUGAUGUAGAAGAUGAAUUCACAUUGCCUGAUGGCUUGGUUGUAAAUCCAAGCACAAAUAUCAAUAACUUUGAAAGGGUGCACAAGGACUUUGGAAUUAAAUGGAUACUGGGAGAUACUGUGAAAGAGGGAGUAGGAGGGUCCUUAUUUGUGAAUGAGUACUCUCGAAGUUCCAGCUAUUAUGCAAAUGAGUCAUUUGUUCCUGAGUAUCGUACAGAUUUGCUGGAAAUUAUCCCUAGUAACAGGUCAAAAGAUAGGACUGAUGCUGAGUUCUACUGCAAAGAUUCAUAUCAGUGCAAGUAUGACUACGCAAUGACUGUCAAUAGGGAUGUUGCUGAAUUCACAAAGAACUAUUAUGCAAGUUACACAGAAAUCAGAGAAAUUACGGAGGCAAAAGUUAUUUCAUGUGGUGUGCUGGAAACACCACGAUUUGGUCGAAAGAGCACUUUUGAAUAUGUACCUGGAACAGUGGUAACUUUUGAGUGCAAUCAAGAUUACGUUCUGGUUGGUGAUAUGCGGAGGUCUUGUGGUGCAAAUGGACAGUGGAAUAUACCUGAGUAUGGGUACACUGAAUGCUUACGUCAAUACGAAUACUCAUCACGACAAAUGGCAAUUACGUCAGGUAUUGUUCUAGCAGUAUUGGUAGUACUGCUACUGUUAAUUGCCUUGGGGUGGUAUUGUUGGUACAAAGAAUCAAGUGCAAAAAGUACUGCCAAAUCCUGGGACUAUGAGACAGUACAACUGAGAAAAGCAUCCAAUCAGAUGGCAUUACCCAACAAAGUUGAAGCAGAUGGCAGACGAACAACAGGCAGUGAUCGUAGUAGUAGUUUGAGUAGCACCAGUAGUGGCUUGAAGAAGCGCCUUUAUGAUGGUGUGUACCGUACGGGUGAACCAUUACCUGACAGGCCAAGCGAAGAAUUCAAGGAAAAAUUGUGGGACUUAGCAGAGGAAGUGGCAGAUAGCAGUGUUAUUAGUAGUGACAUCACACCAUCUGAUGUCAGUAGUAACAACACUUAUAGUCGGCGGCAAACUGAUAUUUUUUGAAGUUUAUUGGUGCUUAGUGAAGAGUCUAAAUAAGUCAGGUAAAUUGUCACUGGAAUGAAUUUAAGCUAAAUAGCCACAUUUUUGUGUUCCUACUAUUGUUACUUCUUUAUUUUCUGAAUAAUGGUGUAUUCAGUACUCACGUAACUGUAUGUGUGUACAGGUUGUCUAAACUUUUCGUGGUAUGUUGGAAGUCAGGCAUACACUGAGAAAGGUUGUGCUGAUAAGUGAGAGUGGAAAAUCUAACAAGAGUUAUUAUUUGUUUACCAUAGACACAAAUAUCCUUAGUUUUUUAUGUAGUGACAACCAUGACAUUCAAGUUAUUUCCAUUUAUCAAAUUACAUGGUAAACUCGGAAACAUUUGAGAGCAGUAUUCUGCUACCUAAUGAAUGCACCAAACAGAUAUGAAGACAAUGUUGUGAAAUGCUUUCCACUGGUUUGGACUGAAAGUAAUGUCACAGGUAUUUAAGUGUUGAGUAUAUAGAAAAUCAUGAAGCAUUUUUGAUCAGAAUACCACCAAUAUACAAAAAAACCUGCUAUUUAACAAAGAAAUAGUGGGUGAUAUGUGAACAAAGCAUCACGGCUUUGUUAAAUAUGGCUUGAGUCAUGUUUUGAUGGCAAUACUGACGUUUAUUAAAAUGAUAGGAAGAUGUAUAAGAAGAAACUCUUUAGACUGGUUUCUAUACAAAGUAAACAAUUACAACAAAACAGACAUUAUGUGUCAUUCAUUUAUUCAUUUGAUCACAACUGACAUUAAUGCUAUUCUGGAAAGUCCUGGAUGGAAUACCAGCAAUAUAAAAACUGAAGGUAACCAAUAACUCUGCAGCUAAGGUGUUGAGUGAAAGACAUAAGUUCAGUCUCAUUUGUGUGGCUUUGUGUGUCUAUCUGCCACUCAGUGCAUCAGUUAUUUGGUUAGUGGUUAUACUUACUCUUUCUAUUGUUUUUAUUGUUUUUAGAUCUCUCUGAACACACUGUUAUGCACUUUGUUGUAAGUGAAGUCAGUGUGAAAUUUUUGUAAAAUACUACAUCACUUUGUGUGAGUUAUUCAGAUUUUCUAUGAAAAGCUGCUUUUUUUCUCUUUUUUUUGGUAAAAAAUAAAGAAUGAUGCAGAUCAAUUGGCCAGAUACCUCUG